UGUUUUUAGUUAUUAGUUCAAAAACUAUGCUUACAAAAUACGAUGCAACAACAACCUUUAUUUUCAAGGUCAGGCGGUGGGAGGUUAUUUUGUAGCACUGCUAUGUAUCCUGCAGUUAAUAGAAACAGUUGGUAGCUGUGUAUGUUGGGCUAUUGCAAUGAACGUAGGGUGUGCAGUAUAGUAUUGUGGGGCAGCGGGCUAAGCAAAACGCAACUUUAUAGCUUCUCGCUAUUUUAAGUUUGAAGAAAUCAUCCUCCCUGUGCUAUAACGCCUCGCAGAAAGAAUCGCUUUAGAUCAACGCCUCAGUGCUGUGAAUAUAGAUCAGCGGCAGAUUCCUUACACGGCAGAGGCAGAAGAGAAGAAAAAGGAAAAGAAAAAAACAACCGGCUGUCUUGGCCUCCAGUGCAAGAAAUCAUACAUAUAGAAAAAAGGAACCUAGUUCAUGUUCUACGAUAUUCGACGCGCUGGUUGUAACCAGAGUGGAUCACAAGGAUGGGAUAUGCCAACAAAACCUUCAAAAGAUACGCUCUCUUCCUUUGGAUUGCAUCUUUGCUUGUUUCAAUAGAAGGCAGGAGACCAAGGCAACCCAGAUGCCCCACGUCGUGUAUAUGCACAAGAGAUAAUGCUCUAUGCGAAAAUAUAAGAUCAGUUCCUCGCAGUUUUCCCCCUGAUGUCGUUUCUUUAUCGUUUGUUAAAUCUGGAUUCAACGAAAUUCCUGAAGGAAGCUUCUUGCACACACCAGCACUGCAGCUUCUCCUGUUCACUGCAAACUCCUUUGAGGCCAUUCAUGAAGAUGCUUUCCUUGGUCUCCCACACCUCGAGUACCUGUUUAUCGAAAACAACAAAAUCAAAUCGAUUUCUCCAAAUGCUUUUCAAGGACUUAAGUCACUUAUUCACCUGAGCCUGGCAUAUAAUAAUCUUCAGACACUCCCUAAAGAUGUUUUCAAAGGCCUGGAGGCAUUAAUAAAGGUGGAUCUCAGAGGCAAUGCCUUUAACUGUGACUGCAAAUUGAAGUGGUUAGUUGAAUGGAUGCACAACACAAAUGCAACUGUGGAUCAAAUCUAUUGUGCAGACCCACCAGCAUAUCAAGGGAAGAAAAUCAACGACCUUGUGCCGCAAUCAUUUGACUGCAUAACAACAGAAUUUGCUUCAUACCAGUCCCUAAAAUUUGAGUCAAUUUCAGUGGAUUCCUUCAGUUACAAGAACGAUGACUAUAUUGUAAUUGCCCAGCCUUUUAUCGGGAAGUGCAGCUUCCUAGAAUGGGACCAUGUUGAAAUGGUCUUCCGGAAUUAUGAUAACAUUAGCAGCACUUCCACAGUCGUCUGCAAACCAAUGGUGAUAGAUACUCAGCUGUUUAUCAUUGUUGCCCAGCUUUUUGGAGGCUCCCACAUUUACAAACGGGACAACUCUGCAAACAAGUUCAUCAAAAUCCAGGAUAUUGACAUCCUCAAAAUCAGGAAGCCUAACGACGUGGAAACCUUCACAAUCGAUGGCACCUCAUACUUUGUCAUUGCCGACAGUUCCAAAGCAGGUUCUACAACAGUGUACAAGUGGAAUGGGAAUGGGUUCUACUCCCAUCAGUCCCUCCACCCUUGGUACAGAGAUACGGAUGUGGAAUAUCUCGAAAUAGCUAACAAACCACACUUGAUUCUGUCGAGCAGCUCCCAGCGCCCUGUUAUCUAUCAGUGGAACAAAUCCCAGAAAUUGUUUGAUAGGCGUACGGACAUUCCUGAAAUGGAAGACGUCUUUGCGGUCAAGCAUUUCAAAGUGAAGAAUGACCUGUACAUCUGCCUCACCAGGUUUAUUGGGGACUCUAAAGUGAUGAAGUGGGAUGGCUCUAUGUUUUUGGAGAUACAGACGAUGCCAUCUAGAGGAUCAAUGGUGUUCCAGCCUUUUGCUGUGAACAACUGGCAGUAUGCAAUUCUCGGGAGUGACUACUCCUUUACACAAGUCUACCGCUGGGACGUGAAGAAGGGCCAGUUUGUUAAUUUCCAGGAGUUAAAUAUCCAGGCUCCGAGGGCUUUUACACUCGUUUCUAUUGACAACCGUGAGUUUCUGCUGGCUUCUAGUUUCAAGGGAAAAACGCAGAUUUAUGAACAUCUCAUACUUGACCUAAGCAAUUAAUAGAAUCAGACCUUACUUGUAUUUACACUGCAGUAAAGAACAACUGCACUUAAUGGAAAUGGACAUCAUGUUGGAUUAUAUGCAUGAUAUAUCCCACUAAUAAUACUUCCAGGUGAAUGUCUUGAUAGAAGUAUCCAUCUGUUUUGGUCAUCAUUUAGUGCUUUUGAAUUUUCCUUUCUUUUUCAACAAAGACCACUGUUAACUUUCCCCUUGGGAUUAUAAAUUGUACAUAACUGUGCAAUCACAUCUGUUACUAAAGCGAAUAAUAAUAAUAAUAAUAAUAAUAAUAAUAAUAAUAAUAAUAAUAAUAAUAAUAAUAAUAAUAAUAAUAAUAAUAAUAAUAGUAAGUUUGUCAUCUAUUUAUUAACCUAUUGGAAGAAAACAAAUAUCUGCCAAAUCACAGGUUUACAUUUUUCGGUCUUCCAGGUGUAAGCAAAAUUAUUUAUAAAUGAAGCUUUUGUAAAUAUAAGAGGGACCGUGUCAGUCAGAAAAAUAUUUCAUAUUAAGAUCUGCUGUUGCAAUUUUAAAAUCAUAUAUUUGUAAGACAAUUAACAUAUGUUGCAAUGCAAACUUAGUUCUUGUUGCUUGGGGGGAGGUAUCCUGACAACUCAGAUUUUUAUUGUUGUUUGUUGAACUGUAUAGUAAUAACAAUAAAAAAAAGAAAAUAGCAGAA